AUGGCGCACAGCUGUCGGUGGCGGUUCCCAGCUCGGCCCGGAGGGAGCAGCAACUCCGGUACCGGGAGGAGAGCGGGCCGAGUCCGGGUCACUGCCUCUCUGCGGACCGUCUCCGGAGCCCCGCAGCACAACGCAGCCGGGCUCGGACCCGGGUUUGAUGCUGCACUACAGGUCUCCUCGGCUAUCGGGAGCAACCUGCAGAAAUUUCGGGAUGUUUUGGGGGAAUGGAGUGACUCGAGCAGCGGGGAGGAAGAAGUAUUUGGAGGAUUUGGAACGGUCACUGAGGAGAAAAGAAUACAGAGCCCUUCAACAACCUCUUCAGUGGGCACACCCAUACAGGAGAAGAAGCCCAGAGGCCGUCCACCCCGGGCCCAGACUGCCCAGAAAGCUGCUGCAAGUCUACCUUCACCCUCCUCCCUUCCCUCCUCCGCACAGGCGAAACCUGAGGGACCAGAAAGGCCAGCUGAGAAGGUGAAAAGGUUGCCUGGGAGGCCACCUGGCUCUGGAGAAAAGAGAAGAGGGCGACCACCAUCAUCAAGUAGUAAGAAAGCUUGGAGUACAGGUAACCAUGCAGCAGCGGAGGACGGUAGGCAGGCUGGGUCUGAGCUGGGCAUGGACACGGAGGAGGACAAGGACAGAAAGGGCACCAAGAAGACGCCACUGGGCUCAGCUCAGCCACAUGACACUGAUGCCAAGCUUCCCAAAGGUGGGCGGGCUGAAUCCAAAGUUACCAACCUGAAGAGGCUGAGAGCAACUAAACUUGCCCCUCAGAAAUCACGGCUCAAAACUUUGCCUGGCGUACCCCGACGCAGACGUGGUCGACCGCCCUCAGCUGAGCGGCUCAAAGCUGAGGCAGCAGCUGCUGCUGCUGCUGCUGCUGCACAGCUGUCUACCUCCAUUGAUGAUUGUGGGGAAGGCAAACACAAGGCCUUUAAAGUGAGAGGCACAGAACCACAUGCUCUCCAGCAGCCCAUGUUAAGGAAUGUGGAUGAUGCUGAAGACCAAGACUCUUCCAAUUCACCUGCCUCCCCAUCUCCCUCUAAGCCGGGCAGGACAGUGGGCCUCAGGAAAAGCCCUCGCCAUAGAAAGCCUGUCAGAAUUGUCCCCUCUUCUAAACGCACUGAUGCAACCAUCGCUAAGCAGCUGCUGCAGCGUGCAAAGAAAGGAGCGCAGAAGCGAUUGGAGAAAGAAGCUGUAGCCAUCGGGGGUAGCGGAACAGGGGCCAUUGAAGCUGGCACCAGGAAGACCCAUCAACUGAAGAACAUCAGACAGUUCAUCAUGCCUGUGGUCAGCACGGUCUCACUUCGCAUCAUCAAAACCCCCAAGCGCUUCAUUGAAGACGAGGGCAACUUUGGAGCUCCGCCACCCCAUAUGAAAAUGGCACGGUUAGAAACGCCCCCAUCUGUCUCCACAUCUGCCCAACCCAUCUCCACUACCUCCUCUUCCCCCUCUCCUGUUCUGGUCUCCUCUCCGCCGGCCGUUACGACCACUGGUACAACUGCUCCCACUGACUCCAUCCCCCCUCCUCCCCCACCCGCCCCUAUCCCCAGUGUUCAAUCAGCAGCUGCCAGUCUGCUCAACAGCAAUACCAACAAUGCUGCAAAUGGGCGAUUUAGCAGCAGCGCAGCUUCUUGCGGCUCAAGUGCCGUGUCGCAGCAUUCCUCCCAGCUCUCCUCUGCAGAGUCUUCCAGGUCGAGCAGCCCCAGCUUGGAUGACUCGUCAUGCGACUCUCAGGCUUCUGAGGCCACACAAGCUUUGUCGGAGCCAGAGGAGGAACACUCUCCGUCCUCACAGGGAGAGAGGGAGGCCAACCUGUUACACAGCUCACGGCCUCCCUCCCCUCCCUCUGAGCCAGAGCCAGAGCACAUGUUGCCUGAGAGGAGUCGACGAGGCCGGAGAGGACAGGGGGUGGGUCGAGGAAAUCAUAGCCAGAGGGUGAGAGAGACGCUCACCACUGGGGCCAAAAAGCCUAUUAUCAGCCCACCAACAGGAGUGCUGAUGUCCUCCACCACACUCGUAAAUUCCCAGCAAGCUUCAUCCACUGCCUCUUCUUCCCCCCCUCCUCCUCCUCUCCUCACCCCUCCUCAGCCUCCCCAGUCAGCUUCCUCCAAUUCAGCUGCUAUCAGUGAACACCAUUCCCAAUCAUCCUGGAUGUCUCACUCCAUGCCUCCAUUCCUGUCUGGACCGUCAGUGCUGUCCAGCUUAUCAGACAAACGAAGCCGCUCAAUUCUGAGAGAACCCACCUUCCGAUGGACGUCCCUGUCCCAACCUGAACAGCAGUACUUCUCCUCUGCUAAAUACGCCAAGGAGGGCCUCAUCCGCAAGCCCAUAUUUGACAACUUCCGUCCUCCCCCUCUCACAGCUCAAGACGUGGGGCUGUUGCCCCAAGGUGUCAGCGGAGCAGGGGGAGCUGCUCCUGUUUCAUUCCCUACACAAGGCAGUGGAGCGGGAUCAGGGACUCGUCUGUUUGCCCCUCUUCACCCCCACACCCACCACCAACAUCCUUCUUCAUCCCGUUUUGAUGCACCACUCCAGAAGCGCAGCCCGUUGCUUCGCGCUCCACGCUUUACACCCAGUGAGGCACACUCUCGGAUAUUUGAGUCUGUUACCCUGCAUUCAUCCUCUGGGAGCAGCCCUGGCUCUCUUUCCCCACACCAAACGUCCUCUAGCUCCACCAGAAGCUCGCGGCGCAGGAGGCGAUUGGUGUCCGGAACAAUACGCAACCAACCACGGUCUCCUUCCCACUCAAUGACCAGACGCAGCGCCCAAAUUGGAGGUCCGAUAUCUGUGGGGAAAGGUUCCUCUGAGAUGUCUGUGCUGACAGGCUCUGUCUGCAGUAGUAACCCCAGCUCUUUGCCCGGGGUCUCUACAAGUCCACUAGCCACGAGUGCCUUAACUCCUCCUUCUUUCAGCACCUUCUCCUCCGUAUCCCUGACCUCACAAGGGACACCUGAUAGCAGGAGAGGGGCUUCUGGAAACCCACCUCCUUUGUCAACGACAUCUUCUUCCUCUUCCCCACUUUUCCCUCUCUUUCCUUCCAGUGCCCAGGACACAGCGCGAGGAGCUGGGAAAGGAGGUAAAGAAAAAAGCAUGUCAGCUCCCCAGGAACCUGCUCCAAAGGAAAAAGAAAGGGAUUCUGAGAAGAACCGAGAGAAGGAGAAAGAGAAUAAGAGAGAAGGGAGAAAAGAGGUGGAGAAAAGAACCAAGGUUUCUACUCCAGACGGUUCCCCCAACGCACCUUCCAGCCUCUUUACUGUGGAUGGGAGGGACUCAGAAGAUGCUCUUAUAGCUCUUGCUCCAAAAAAGGCCCCAGGGAGAAAGAAAUUAAUGGCAGUUGAGAUGGUUUCUGACACUGCUUCCUCUGAUGGGCGCGGGCUCAAUUCCCCUGCUCCCAUUUCUGUUGCUAAAGGACGUCUACCUAAGAAAGGUAGACCCUCUGAGAAGGGAGCAGCAGAGAUGGAGGAUGGGGAAAAGGAGAAGGAGAAAGAGAAACAAAGUGCUCCUAGCCAGCAGACAGCAAGCCUUCCAGGGCAGCCAGGCAGACAACCGCUCCCUGUCUCUGUUGUGUUGUCACAAGCGGAGAAACAGCCUGUGACUGACAAGCGGGUAGUUGGACUACUGAAGAAGGCCAAAGCCCAGCUCAUUGAAAUAAGGAAGAGUAAGCUGAAGGUCCAGGGUCAAGAGAGCGACUCGUCAGAGGCUUCAGUCCGUGGUCCACGCAUCAAGCAUGUAUGUCGUCGUGCAGCUGUGGCUCUUGGCCGUAAUCGGGCAGUGUUCCCUGACGACAUGCCCACACUUAGUGCCUUGCCCUGGGAGGAGAGAGAGAAGAUCCUAUCUUCCAUGGGGAAUGAUGACAAGUCAUCAGUAGCAGGUUCAGAGGAGGCAGAGCCUCAAUCCCCUCCCAUAAAGCCACGAGAGACACGGCAAAAGGCUGUUCAAGAAGCUCCUCCCAAGAAGGGUCGUCGGUCACGACGCUGUGGCCAGUGCUCAGGCUGCCAGGUUCCAGAGGACUGCGGUGAAUGUACCAACUGUCUCGACAAGCCCAAAUUUGGCGGACGAAACAUUAAAAAGCAGUGCUGCAAGAUGAGGAAAUGUCAAAAUUUGCAGUGGAUGCCCUCAAAGAUGUUUCUUCAGAAACAAGGCAAAGGCAAGAAGGACAAGAAGAAGAACAAGUUGUCUGAGAAGAAGGAGGGUCUUAAUCCGGUAAAGGGACCAAACACGGAGUCUGUCCCCAAACCUACUCCUGUACCACCGAAGGAGGAGCCUUCCCGCAAAAAGAGUGAAACUCCUCCUCUAAAGCUGGGAGAGGAGAAGUCAAGACAGCAGCCAUCAUCAAAGCAAUCAUCUCCAUCUUUGGCAUCUUCCCCUGCGCCAGUUGAACCCCCUCAGACUGCCAGCACAGUCACAGCCCAGGCUCAGUCUCCAGCCCUGACACCAGACCCCAAACAGCUCUCUGUCUCAAGCAGUGUCUCCAGUAAGAAGGGACACAAACCACAGCAAGUUGUGACCACAUCCUCCUCCUCGUCCUCAUCCUCUUCCACUUCCUCAUCUUCCUCAUCCUCCUCUUCUUCCUCCUCGUCAUCUUCAGCCCAGAAUUCCCCCUCCCAGUCUAUGCAAUCUCAUCAGCCAUCCCUACAGCAGCAACGGCCACCUGUGAGUCAGGCGCCUUCCAAAAAAGACGCCUCACCCAAGAUACCACUGAGCGAGCCCAAGAAGAAGCCCCAACAACACUCAUCACAGCAGCAGAGCUUAACUCCAACAAUGUCGGAUACAGUUGACUUAAAACCGUUGAAGAAGCCAACUUCCCGCUCCGUUCCUCCAUCUCCUAAACAAAGACCAAAAGACAAGCCGCUGAGCACUAAAUCACCCAGCAGCUGUACUUUAAACUGGCUGAGCACUCCCUCGACUAGGGGCCAGGCGAAGUCCAGAUCGCCCUGCGACGGAGUGCAUCGUAUCAGAGUGGAUUUCAAGAGGGACCAUGAUGUGGAGAAGGUGUGGGAGGCUGGAGGCCUCAGCCUGCUCUCCUCUGUGCCUGUCACGCCCAGGGUGCUCUGCUUCUUAUGUGCGAGCAGUGGAAAUGUUGAGUUUGUCUUCUGCCAGGUAUGCUGUGAACCGUUCCAUCUCUUUUGCCUGGGCGAGUCCGAGCGCCCUCUCCAGGAGCAGUUUGAAAACUGGUGUUGUCGACGAUGCCGAUUCUGCCAGGCCUGUGGGCGCCAGCACCAGAAAACUAAACAGCAGCUGCUAGAGUGCGAUAAGUGCCGUAACAGCUAUCACCCGGAGUGCCUGGGUCCCAACCACCCUACCAGACCCACCAAAAAGAAGAGAGUCUGGAUUUGCACCAAGUGUGUGCGCUGUAAGAGUUGUGGAGCCACUAAACCCGGGAAGUCCUGGGAUGCCCAGUGGUCACAUGACUUCUCCAUGUGUCAUGACUGUGCCAAACUCUUUGCUAAAGGGAACUUCUGCCCACUGUGUGAUAAGUGCUAUGAUGAUGAUGACUACGACAGCAAGAUGAUGCAGUGUGGCCGUUGCAACCAUUGGGUUCAUGCCAAGUGUGAGAAUCUGACAGAUGAGAUGUACGAGCUGCUGUCAAAGCUGCCAGAGAGCGUUGCCUACACAUGCACUAAAUGUACGGAACGCCAUCCAGCCGAGUGGCGAACAGCGUUGGAGAGGGAGCUUCAGGGCUGCAUUCGCCACAUCCUUACUGCACUGCUAAACUCACGCACAUCCACACACCUGUUACGAUACAGACAGGCGGUGAAACCUCCUGAGCUGAACCCAGAGACAGAGGAGAGUCUUCCAUCCCGUCGUUCCCCCGAGGGCCCGGAUCCCCCAAUCUUGACUGAAGUCACGCCCACCACUCCCAGCGACUCUCCUCCAGACCUGGAGUCUGUCGAGAAAAAGAUGGAUCAAGGUCGCUACAAGUCAGUGCUGGAGUUCAGUGACGACAUCGCGCGAAUCAUCCAGACGGCCAUCAACGGUGACGGUGGCCAACCCGAGAGCAGGAAAGCCAACAGCAUGGUCAAGUCUUUCUUCAUCCGUCAAAUGGACCGAAACUUCCCAUGGUUCAAAGUGAAAGAGUCCAGAUUGUGGGAAAGACAAAAAGUCGCUGCCAACAGUGGUCUCCUUCCCAAUGCUGUGCUGCCUCCAUCCCUGGAUCACAACUACGCCCAAUGGCAGGAGAGACAGGAGCUUUCCCGUGCUGAGUACCCCCACCUCAUGAAAAAGAUUAUCCCAGCUCCCCGGCCCAAGACCCCCGGUGAGCCAGAUACUCCAGCCUCCUCUCCUCCACUCCCUCCAUCUUUACCCCCACCACCUCCACUUCUACCUGAUCGUGAAGACAGCCCAGAGCUCCCUCCUCCGCCAGGUGUCAGUGAUAACAGGCAGUGUGUUCUGUGUCUGAAAUAUGGAGACGAGAACACUAAUGAGGGUGGCAGGUUGCUGUACAUCGGUCAGAACGAGUGGACCCAUGUGAACUGUGCCCUGUGGUCCGCUGAGGUGUUCGAGGACGACGACGGCUCUCUGAAAAAUGUUCACAUGGCUGUACUCAGGGGAAAACAGCUACGCUGCGAGAAGUGUCAAAAGCCAGGGGCCACAGUCGGAUGCUGCCUCACCUCUUGCACCAGUAACUACCACUUCAUGUGCGCCCGCCAGUACCACUGCGUCUUCCUGGAGGACAAGAAAGUCUAUUGUCCAAAGCACAGUGACCUCAUCAAGGGAGAGGUGGUGUCUGAGUUUGAGGUGACCCGCAGAAUCCUGGUGGACCUGGAUGGAAUUAGUCUCAGGAGGAAGUGGUUGGCAGGGCUGGAGCCUGAAAAUGUCCACAUGAUGAUAGGCUCCAUGACCAUUGAUUGUUUGGGGAUAUUGACUGAACUCUCAGACUGCAAACGCAAACUCUUCCCUGUAGGAUACCAGUGUUCCAGGGUGUACUGGAGUACUUUAGAUGCUCGAAAGCGCUGCGUGUAUACCUGUAGGAUCCUAGUUUGUCACCCUCCAGUGGUAGAGUCUGACCUGAAGAGCAUGAUGGCUCCUGAGGAGAAUCGAACGAUAGCACACAGCCCACCGCCCAUAGCAGACUUUCCUGAUCCAUUUGAAUCUCCACGGCGUUCAGACACCCUUUCCCCUGCCAACACCCCCAAGCUCAGGGUUUACACAAGGAACCGGCACCCCAGUUACCCCCCUUGCCAGCGCUCACAAGGCCCCAGGCCCAUGCCCUCUCCAGGAGGUUCCUCUCAACCCCAAAGCCAUGAGAUUGUGACAGUAGGAGACUCCCUGCUGAACACUGGCAUGCGGAAUAUUGACUCACGGCGCCACAGCUCCCCUUCUCUCUCCCCUCCUCCUCACCAGCUGCACAGACAGAGAGGGAUGACGUCCCCACCUCAGAUUUUGUCACGGCCCCUUACUUCACCACCUCCCCUCAUCCCCUCACCUGCCAGAGACCCUGAAAAGGCCAAACACCCCAGCAAAGACUCUGUUCAGAGGGACGAUGAAAGAGGUAGACAGUUCUCCACAGACAGAAAUAGAUCACAACCAUCCAGAGACCAAGGGUCGAGAGAUGCAGACAAGGGGAGAGUGUCAAGUCGAGAGCAAGCCUCUAAGGAUUCUGAGAGGAAUAGAUUGUCCAGAGACCUCGGGCAAAAAGACUCUGACAAAGGUGAACUAGCAGCCAAAGACCCAGAAAAGCGGAGACCAUUGAGUAAAGACUCAGCUCUGAAAGAAUCUGAGAGGGGGAGACCUCUCAGUAGAGACCCCUUAAGAGAUUCAGAAAAGGGAAGACAAGGGAACAGAGACUCUGAGAAGGGGAGACAGGCAAGCAGAGACACAAACAACAGAGAGACAGAUAAGAGCAAAUCAACCUCUAGAGAUUUCAGCUAUAAGGAUAUUGAAAAAGCUAGGCCACUCAGUAGAGAUACAGGGCUAAGGGACUCUGAGAAACAUAGACAAUAUAGCAGGGAAGCAGGAAAAGACAGACCGUCUAGCAGAGACUCUGACAAAGGUAGACCCUCGAGAGAUUCCAGUUAUAGAAGCACAGAAAGAAACAAAGACUCUGGCUCAGGGAAAGACAGCAACCCUGGCAGUCAGUCCAAACAGGCUGCAGGUGAAACUAAGAGCCCUAGACUGGCACCUGCAGGCUCAGGCCAGUCCUCCCCUCCUGUGGGUACUGCUGUCCUCACAAGUCAGCAGAGAGGUGGCAGCACCAAGCAGGCUGACAAGCAAGGAAAACACGGAGGCAAAGAUCAGGAUGUUUCUUCAAGCCUCAGUUUGUUGCCUCGUCACCGGUCCACUCCCAGCUCUAACACUAUACAGUCUAAGGACAAGCCCAACUCAGGGAAGGAGAGCAGUAGUGGCACUAGAAACUUAGUGCCAUCUUCACUCCAUAAGGACUCAGUUGUUGGGAAAUCCGGCUCCCCACAGCCUUCGUUUCAGAAGACCAGUGCACGGAAAUCAAAUGAUUACUCAUCAGGUCCGGGAUCAGCAGCAGCCAUGAAGCCUAUUUGGCCAUCGAGGACACCAGCAGAAGAUGACGUUGUCAAACGAGGCUCCAUGCAUCUUGCGUCUCCAGCUGCAGCUUCAGCUGCCAAAGACAAACACCCCAAAGUUAAGACGACAGGCAGCAGAGAGGUGUCCAAAGACCGGGAAAGGGAGAAAGGUCUCCAAAAUAGCAACAGCAGCAACAAAAUUCUACUCCUCAACAAUAAUACUAAAGCUAGUGGCAGCUCCAACACACAUGCUACAAACCCCACCUCUCACAACAACAGCAAUAGCAAAGCUCAGAUGCUUGGAAACAGCACCAAAGUCCAUGGGAAGGCUCAGGGGGAGAAGCUUGAGAACCAGGGAGGAGACAGGUCAUCCUCAAAGAGCAGAGAAAAUUUCUCCUGUCCCGAGAGAAAGAACAGCUCCAGUGUGGAUAACUUGCAGCAUCUGCAGCAGGCUGGUUUAGCACCAGAGAAAGCAAUGAAGACAUCUUCUCAGUCUCAUUCCAAACCAACAACUAACCAGCUGCAGCUGUCGUCCAGAGAGAAAAAGAGGUCUGUUAAACCUCCCACUGUAACUCCACUGAAGACAGAUAUUAAGACUGACCCUAAUGGGACCAGCACUAUUGGCGGUAUUUCCUCUUCCUGUCCCACGACCACUACCUCCACUGUCUCUCCUGCUGGCCAGGGGACCCGUCGUUCAGCCCGCUCUGCUCUCUUCUCCUCGCCGUCUGCCAGCAGCAGUGACAGCUCUGAAUCUGACACCCAGACUCAGACGGAGGAGGAUGAUUUGCAUAAAGAUCACAGCGAACUCCGAGACCACCGCAGCCUCCUCACUCAAGGCACCGAAGACGAGGCUGAUGGUCCAGAAGAUGACCAUGACAGAGGUAUGGAUGAUAAACAUCACGAGGAUGACAGUGACGGGUCAGGGUCAGCCAAGCGCCGCUACCCCCGGCGCAGUGCUCGCGCACGCUCAAACAUGUUUUUUGGUCUCACACCCUUCUACGGGGUCCGCUCGUACGGCGAGGAGGACCUCCCCUUCUAUGGCAGCGGGGACGGAGCCGGAGCCGUGGUUAAGAGGAGGACAGGCGGUCGCAAGAAGUCAGCUGAAGGGCAGGUGGACGGAGCAGAUGAUAUGAGCACCACCUCUUCGUCUGGGGACAGUGGAGAGGAUGAGGACAGCGUAAUGAAACAGAGGGGUAAAGACCCUUACUACUACAACUUCACACGGACAAUAAUUAACCCAGGUGACGGCCUGCCAUCCAUAGAAGGGAUAGACCAGUGUUUGGGACGAGGCUCCCAGCUCCAGCGCUUUCUUAAAGAUGAGGAGCAGCAACAACAGAGGGCACAAGGAAAAGCAGAAGACGACAUGCUGAGCGCUUUGACCUUGGGCAAGCAGCAUAUCGGCCAGCUCGAUGGCGUCGACGAUGGCUCAGAGAGUGACACAAGCAUCUGUACCACCAGCACCACAACCACCACAGCCACCUCCUCUUCCACCCCACAUAAGAGCACUCCGAAGAGAAGGGGCAGAGAGAGGCACACAGAGAAACUGGAGUCACAUGACUCGAGCAAGGAGGGGGACAACAGUGGUGGAGCAACAGGUGCAGCAGUAAGCAGUAACACGCGAGAAGGCAGAAAGAACCAGAAAGAAAACUGUCUUCCUUUAGGAGGUGGGGUCAAGUCCCAGCCACAAAGUCAGGGCCAGGAUCCUCUCGAAGCCCAGCUCUCCCUCAGCACUGACCUGCUUAAAUCAGACUCUGACAAUAACAACAGUGAUGACUGCGGUAACAUUUUGCCGUCAGACAUCAUGGAGUUUGUCCUGAACACACCUUCCAUGUCAAUGCAAGCUCUGGGUCAGCAGCCAGAGUCUUCCUCCUCUGAGCUGCUACUGGAUGAGGGUUAUGUCGGCGUGGAUGUCAACCGGCGUAAAGACAUUCUGUUUGAUGAUUUUUCCCAGCCACUGCCCAGUGCAGAGAGUGGAGGGGUGGUGGAGAGUAGUGUGAAUAGCUCCAUAUCUGUAGAGGAGCCAUAUCUUCCUCUGGAGCUGCCCUCUGACCUCUCUGUGCUGACCACACGCAGCCCUACUGUUAGUACCAGUCAGAACCACAGUGCUGGGAGCCUCAUCUCAGAUACCUCAGACCGCACCAUGCUGGGCUUGACCUCUGACCCAGAGACUAUCAGCGCUGAAAAGAGCGGGGAUAAGAAAAGAGCAGGGCCAGGUGUGUCACCAUCAGAGAAUCAGCAUGAUGUUACAGCUCUGGGAAACAGGGAUACCCAAGUCACUGAAGGUCACAUGACUCCUGAGCAGUUUAUUCCCAGCCCUGCCAUUGGCCAGGUGGUGGAACCGCCAGGUAAUCAGGACGUUCCCAGGAAUUCUGGUACUCCUGGUUUGCCAAGUUCCCCCUCUCUGCCUCUUCAGGGUCAAAAGUACCUUCCAGCAUCAGCUGCAGCUACCAGCAGCCCUAGUCCAGUACCUGGUCCAGGACCAUCCCAGGCUCAGGUUUCCAGCCCAGCAGUGAUCAAACCAGGACCUGAAAAACUCAUCCUGGUUAAUCAGUUUCAACCCCUCUAUGUCCUCCAGACUGUCCCUAAUGGAGUCACGCAAAAGAUUAGUGCGACAGGAGUGAUGGACACCAGCUCCCAAGCAGUGAUCAGCGCCAUGACACUCAAUACAGGGUUGAACACUGGUCUCACCUCAGCACAGCCAAUAUUUCCUGCUGGUGGCAAAGUCCUGGGCACGAUGCCCCACUCCUCCCAGAUUCACACGUUUAGAGGAGCCACACAGGCCGGCUUCCAGACAGGAAUACCAAGCACCACCUCAGGGCUUCUCAUUGGGUUGCCACACGACCAGCCCCAGAUACUGGUGUCAGAGGCCGGUCGACCGGGUCCCAGUGUUGCCAUAGUGUCCAGUCCCUCCUCUCUCACUUCUUCCCCGACUGUACUCGCCUCUGCUCAUGGCAAAAAGAGGCCUAUAUCUCGUCUUCUUCCCAGAAAAAACAAGAAGUUGGCCCGCUCUCGCAGCCAGCCCACUCUGGCCCCGUCAGAUGUCGCCCCUCCUAAUAUGACCCUAAUCAACCUGUCUUCCCCUCAGAUUACUGCUAGCAUCCCUGGCCAGCCUGGUGGCUUAGUUGAAUUAAGCACCCUCUCCUCUUCCCAGCGUAAGGUCCCCAAUAUUAUCAAGAGGCCAAAAUCAGGUGGGGUUAUGUACUUGGAUCCCACUACUCUCCUUCAGCAAAGGAUCCCUGCUACAGCCCAGUCUGGUAUCCUGGGUCACGAUACAUCUACUCACCUCCUACCUUGCACAGUCUCUGGUCUCAACCCCAGUCAGUCAGUUUUAAAUGUUGUGUCUGUGCCCCCUAGUGGCGCUGCCGGUCUUCUUGCACCAGGAUCAGUCUCCCUCUCUACCCCUGUCCUCAACUCCACUGAGAUCACAGGGCCAAUCAGCAACCUGUUGUUUAAGGCAGGGCCACAUGGGUUAGGCCUGUCCGAUCAGCCCAUGGUCCUUCAGUCAGCAGGGGGGGCUCCUCUGAUGUCACAACUCAGCUCCUCUGUCCAGACUUCCAUAGCCAGCAGCAUCUGCGUCCUGCCAUCCCAGCAAACUAUCAGCAUGGCUGUCAACCAACAAGGAGACACAGAAGGCGGUAAUAUCCACUUACAGCACCAGUCACAGCCUUUUAACAGAUCCCAGUCUUUGGACUGUACAAGCACCACUGUUACUUUAGCCCCAGCCACCUCUUUAAGCCCUGCCAAGGGGCGUGUUGUUGGCGUUCUCACCCAAACACAGACCUCUGCACACUCUCAAAGCAGCAGAACAACUCCCAUUUCCAGAUCCUCAGAACAAAAGCCACCUAACUCCUCCGCAUCAGUUGCAGUUUCAGGAGCUGCAAAAAGCAAACAGAAAACCAAGAGGAGUAGGCCGAGCACGGACAUGAUCAGCGGGAAAAAGCUCAAGGCUUCCCAGGCAGAGGAUCAUCACAAUAACCCUGCAGGACGACUCACCUCAAACCCAAGUUCUAAAGAGCUGAGCUCCCCUGAACCCAUGGACACAGGAAAGCCCACAGACAAGACCACCAACAAGGGUGUGCUUGGUAAAAAGAAGACUUCUGAAAGUCCUGUUUUACCGGGGAAAGUUGUGGGGAAAGACAAAGCAUCCGCAGCUGGUGGAGCAGGUUCUCUUCCAGUGGCUUCACCGCCUGACCAGGACGGCAACAGCAGGGACACAGGGCUGGAUAGUAAACCCAAGAAAGGCAUAAUCUUUGAAAUCUGCAGUGAGGAUGGCUUCCACAUCCGCUGUGAGAGUAUUGAAGAGGCUUGGAAGUCCCUGACUGAUAAGGUGCAAGAAGCUCGCUCCAAUGCCCGACUCAAAGAGCUCUCUUUUGAUGGCGUGAACGGACUGAGGAUGCUGGGCGUCGUACACGAGGCGGUGGUCUUCCUGUUGGAGCAGCUGUACGGCUCCAGACACUGUCGGAGCUACCGCUUCCGCUUCCACAAACCAGAGGAGACUGAUGAACCUCCCAUCAAUCCCCACGGCUCGGCUCGUGCAGAGAUCAACCACAGGAGGUCUGUGUUUGACAUGUUCAAUUUCUUGGCCUCAAAACACCGCCAGCCUCCUGAGUACAGGCCACAGGAAGAUGAUGACGAGGAAGGACAGCUCAGGACUGCCAGGCGAGCCUCCAUGGAGCUACCACUUACUGUGAGAUUCAAACAGCUCAAGGCCACCUCUAAGGAAACUGUCGGAGUCUACAGAUCUCCCAUUCAUGGCCGAGGACUAUUCUGCAAGAAAACCAUUGAUGCAGGAGAGAUGGUCAUUGAAUACUCUGGAAAUGUCAUUCGCUCUGUGCUCACUGACAAACGGGAGAAAUAUUAUGAUGGAAAGGGGAUUGGCUGUUACAUGUUUCGCAUCGAUGACUACGAGGUGGUGGAUGCCACAGUGCACGGCAACGCUGCCCGCUUCAUCAACCACUCCUGUGAGCCCAACUGCUACUCGCGGGUCAUCACCGUGGACAGCCAGAAGCACAUCGUCAUCUUUGCCUCUCGUCGCAUCUACUGCGGAGAGGAGCUCACUUACGACUACAAGUUCCCCAUCGAAGACGCCAGCAACAAGCUGCCCUGCAACUGCGAUGAGUCUGAGAUAAACCAUGAUCUCACAGCUCUUCUUCCAUCUCCAGUUUUUGGCACAGGCCUUCUCCUUUUUGGUCCAAACUGCUGCAGGAUAACAACGAUAACAUGUUUUCACUGGCUCAAACACAAGAGAGCUGCGAAAUUUAACCGCCUCAAGUUUAUAGUUUGCUUGCCAAAAAGAUAUUAA